GAGCAGAAGAGGAGUCUGCUACUGAGGAGAGUCAGUAGUGAAAGAGAAAAUGGAACUUGCAGUCGUCUUCGUCUCCGUUUGGUGCCUGUCUCCUCUGAGCCUGGCUCUUCCCGCAGGGUUCGCCGGCGCUGCUCCGACACAGGGAUCCUUAGUGGAAGUGAAGAAGGUGAGAGGAGAUGUUCCAGAUGAGCUCCCAGAGCCAGAACCAGAGCCCACCAGUCCUAUAUCUGACUUUGAGAACACGUACAACUACAUCUUAUCCAGACUAGGAAACAUGGACCAGGCAAUUCACAAGCUGAACGUCGGUCACUACACCCUGGAUGUGAAAGUCAGCCAGUUGCUGGACCGUCUGUCUCGGCUGGAUGUUAAAGUCGGGGAGCUGGAGGACAGCAUCCACGAGGUGGACCAGUACAGCAAGGACAACCGCAAGGAGAUAGGAAGACUAGAAGGUUGCCAGAAGGGACACAGGGUGGGCUACAAAUGUUACCUGGUCUACCGUCGCUAUGAAGACUACGCCGGGGCGUCCCGCAAGUGCAUGGAGAGGGGCGGACGCCUGGCCAUGCCCCGCGACCGCAAGGAGCAGGAGGCUCUGGCCGCCUACGUCAAGGCCUUCUUCCACCCGGGCAACUGGCCGGUGUGGCUGGGCGUCAACGACCUGCGCUCCGAGGGCCUGUACCUCUUUGACGACGGGACACGCGUCACCUACUUCCAGUGGCGCAAGCACUUCCUGUCCAGCCAGCCGGACGGCGGGAAGCGGGAGAACUGUGUGGCCAUGUCGUCCGACGACGGGGACUGGUGGGACCACUACUGUGACAGGACCAUGCACUAUCUCUGUGAGUUUGACGACAGGGUGGCACUUUAAAAAAAACAAAACAAAACCAAACCAACACACCCCUUCAGCUUCUCCAGUCAUAGCUCUAUUGCCGGGCCUGCUCUUGGCCCCAUUUCCGCCAAGAUCCUCUCCUGGCACGGGUGAUCUUUUAGACUUAGUGUCAGUGUAAAGCUAGCCAAGUGUUGUUUUUCUCCUGUUUAUCCUCACAUGUCGAUGCUAUGCCAGUUUUGUAUUUAUAGAUUUAUUUUUAUUUUCUAAUGUGGAUGGUUCUAUACUUCUGAGUAGAUAAGGUUAUCAAGCGCCCUCUGGUGGUUGUGUUCAAAGGUCAAACAGUCAAACACUUGGAAGAGAUGACUAAGGAAAUGACGACAAAAUCAUGAUUGCAGAGCACACUGAAUCAAGUUUUCGGUGGAUUCCGUUUCCUUAUAAACAACCUUGAAUAAUCGAUUGCUGAUACUUUGCAGGCUGCUAAUAAUAAACUUGAGUUUUGUUUUUUUUGUUUUGUUUUUUUGUUACUGUUUGAGAUGAAUUGUUAUUUAUAGGCAAUUUAUGCAUUCAGACACAACUGUCCUACUAGAGUUUACAGAAUCAACCAAUUGAGUUACUACAAAAUAAAUUCUCAUUGUACUUUUAGCUGUAAUAUGAACGGGGGCAGCGGCACGGUGGCGCAGUGGCUAGCGCGGUCGCCUCACAGCAAGAAGGUCCUGGGUUCGAGCCCCGGGGUAGUC